GAGUGCGCACGAAGAUCCGUUGAUUACGAAAAGCCCUCUCUCUCUCGAUUUCGCGUGCCCAUUCGCUGUUGAUCACGAAAAGCCCGCUAGGUUUGUAUUCUGCAACUUAGAGCAUCAACAACGAUAAAAUCAUCGGAAACCCUAAUCAGCAGUAGGUUUACUGUGCUGAAUCCUCGGAAUUUUGAGGAAAAGGAAGGAGAACAAUCGAAACCCUAGAAAUUUUUGACUCGGUAUGUUCGCCAAUGAAGGCUGUAUUGUUAUUACCAUGGAGUUCUUUGAGAUUUUAUUUCCAUCCUGGUUCUUUUUCUAGGUUUAAACUGCACCAUCACUUGUGUUUUAGAGCUAAGAUUAGGGUUUUCUUGGAUCAAUUGAUAUUUUGUAAUUUGGUAUCAUAUUAUCUCUUUUGCAUCAUAAAGUGCGGUUUGGGUAUGAAGUGAUUCUUUCUGGAAUUGGGAAUUCUAGGUUUAGAAUUGGGUUUAUGUGAUUUUGGGUCAUCGAGAUAUCACUUAUUUGUAUUUGUUGGUAUCUUUCAAUUGGCCUGGCUUAUUGGGUUUGAAGGGAUUCUAGGGUUUGGAAUUGGGGUUAUCUCUAUGCUGGUUUUUGAAGAAUAAUUGGUCUUAGUCUAUGGCGUAUUGUAUUUUUGGUUAUUCUGAGAGCUUGUUCACGAGGGCUUUGUUUUGAUUCUUGGAUUUUUCUGAUAGCCGCAUAUUAUGGAUCUCGACGUUGUUAAUAAUGGAGGGAAUAAGAGGAUGUAUCACCGUGCCCAACAAAAUGAGAGACCGUCCAAAGUUUGUUAUUACUGGUUAGAGGGUCGUUGUACUCGAGAGAACUGCAAAUUCUUGCAUGGGGAGCUACCUUCAUCGAACGGGUUUUCACAAAAGAGGUCUCUUCAGCCAAUUGAAGAGAGAAUUUCCCAUGCCACAUCUGCUGGGCCAAGAAGGGGUAUGCCACUUAAGUGGUUCAGGGGUCAAGGGGAUCGUCAAGGGGAUGCAGCACCAAUCGAAAAUCGUCGAAAAGUUCAGAACAAGAUCUGCACCUAUUGGAUAGCUGGGAAUUGCAGACUUGGGGAUGAAUGCAAGUUUUUGCAUAGCCACUUUGUUGGUGAAAGCAUGACAUUCUUGACGAUGCUCAGUGGGCAUGAAAAGGCUGUUCGUGGGAUUGCCCUUCCUAUGGAUUCUGAGAAGCUUUUUACCGGAAGCCAAGAUGAGUCAGUGAGAGUAUGGGACUGUCAAACUGGGCAGUGUGUUGGAGUUAUUAAUCUUGGAGGUGAAGUUGGAUGCAUGAUUAGUGAAGGCCCGUGGGUUUUUGUUGGGAUUCCCAAUACUGUUAAGGCGUGGAACACUAAGACCUCUACUGAUUUGAGCCUUGAAGGUCCCUGUGGCCAAGUUCAUACUCUAGCUGUAGGGAAUGAGAUGCUUUUUGCUGGCAUUCAGGAUGGAAGCAUUUUAGCCUGGAAAUUUAGUGUUGUUGGUAAUUGCUUUGAGCCAGCAGCUUCCCUUUCGGGACAUACUCGCAGUGUAGUUUCCUUGGUGGUUGGAUUGAAGAGGAUCUAUUCUGGUUCCAUGGACAAUACAAUAAAGGUCUGGGAUCUUGAUACUUUGCAAUGUCUUCAGACAUUGAGUGAGCAUUCUUCAGUUGUAAUGUCGCUACUUUGCUGGGACCAAUUCCUGUUAUCUUGUUCUUUGGAUCGAACAAUAAAGGUUUGGGUUGCUACUGGGGAUGGGAGCUUAGAAGUAACCUAUACUCACAAUGAAGAACAUGGUGUACUCGCACUAUGUGGUAUGCACGAUGCACAAGCCAAACCUGUUCUGCUUUGCUCGUGUAAUGAUAAUACUGUCCGACUCUACGACCUCCCAUCGUUCAAUGAGAGGGGGAGGUUGUUCUCCAAAGAGGAGGUCAGGGCCAUCCAAGUUGGAAGUGGUGGUUUGUUUUUUACUGGUGAUGGAAAUGGGGAUUUAAAAAUUUGGAAAUUUUUAACUGAAUAAUGUCCCUGUUUGAGUUUUUCAGCCUAUUUGCGGCUAAAUUAAUGUACACAUGUCGUAUAAAUAAGAAAGGACGCCAUUGUUAGAUAGAAUGUAGAGGAAAAUUUCUCAUUACUGGAUGUUGUUCAUGUUCC